AUGCGUUCUUCUACCUUUCUAAUAUCUGCUUUGGUCUCCUCUGCGUUGGCUAUUUGGCCUCAGCCUGUUUCGUAUACAAAUGGUACCGGUGUUUUGUGGUUGGAUAAGAACGUUAAGGUUACUUAUGAUGGCGGCGCUUCUACAGGAUAUUCUAGUAGUGGAACUGGAAAUAUAACAAGCAGCAAGACGAUUGUUUCUAAGGCCGUAACUCGAGCUAUGAACAAGAUCUUCUAUCAAGGUUUGACACCAUGGAAAUUAUAUCCACGAAACACCCUGCCCCUAGUUGAGCCAUCGGCCACCUCAAACAAGAACUACAUCAGCGAAAUUCUCAUCACCCAGACCGGACAAGAUAACUCCUCCACAUUCAAGCCUACAGAUGGUCAGGUUGACGAGUCAUACAACCUCAUAAUCACUACUGAUGGAAAGGCCUCCAUCAGCGCCCCAUCAUCUAUUGGCAUCCUUCAUGCACUGACCACGUUCACACAACUCUUCUAUACACAUUCUGUUGCUAAAGCUGGUGUCUACACCAAAUUAGCUCCCGUGACAAUUUACGAUGCACCAAAGUUUGCACACCGCGGACUUAACAUGGAUGUAUCCCGAAAUUGGUAUCCUGUUGAGGAUAUCAAGAGAACGAUGUUAGCAAUGCAUUAUACUAAAUGUAGUGUUAUUCAUUUACACAUCACCGACGCUCAGUCGUGGCCUUUGGAUAUUCCAGCACUUCCUGAAUUGUCAAAGUUGGGUGCUUAUGCGACCGGAUUGUCCUAUACCCCUGCAGACCUCAAGGAAAUUCAAGAGUAUGGCGUUGAGCUUGGUAUCGAGGUUAUCUUGGAGAUUGAUAUGCCUGGUCACACAAGCUCCAUUGGAUAUUCUCACCCUGAGCUCAUGGCAGCCUUGUUCGCCGAACCUUGGGAUACCUACUGUGCUGAACCUCCUUGUGGAUCAUUGAGACUUAAUGAUUCAGCCGUACCAGCAUUCCUUGAGAAAUUGUUUGAUGAUCUUCUUCCCAGAGUCUCCCCAUACUCAUCGUACUUUCACACUGGCGGAGAUGAAGUUAAUGUUAAUACCUAUUUGUUGGAUCCCACUGUUCAAUCAAAUGAUACCGCCGUUCUUCAACCGUUAAUCCAAGCAUUCGUGGACAGAAACCACAAACAAGUUAGAGCUGCUGGACUUACCCCAAUGGUCUGGGAAGAAAUGAUCACAACAUGGAACCUCACCUUAGGAUCUGAUGUUCUUGUUCAAUCAUGGCUCAGUGAUGCCUCUGUCGCUCAAAUUGUCGCGGCUGGACAUAAAGCUAUUGCUGGCAAUUAUAACUUCUGGUAUCUCGAUUGUGGCAAAGGACAGUGGCUCAAUUUCGAGCCAGGUGCAUCCUCUGAGAAGUACUUCCCCUACAAUGAUUAUUGUUCGCCUACCAAGAGUUGGCGCUUAGUCUACUCCUACGAUCCUCUCGCCGGAGUACCCAAAAACUCUACUCAUUUGGUCGUUGGCGGAGAAUUUCACAUUUGGUCUGAGCAAACCGAUCCAAUCAACCUUGACGAUAUGGUAUGGCCAAGAGGAGCUGCCGCCGCAGAAGUAUUGUGGUCAGGAGCCAAGGACCCAGUCACUGGACAGAACAGAAGUCAAAUCGACGCAGGCAGCAGAUUGCCAGAAUUCAAUGAACACUUGAGAACUUUGGGAAUCAGAUCGGGACCUGUACAAAUGAUUUACUGUACACAACUCAACUCGACAACAUGCGCAUUGUAG